UGUCAUUCUCUCCUAUAAUUCGGAUCUCUUCCAUACAAUUACAAUCAGUUAUAUUUCCAACUUUGCUACCUUCACUUCUAGUGUCGAGUCGAGGUAAAUACUACGAGCCAGAGAUCUACAACCCCAAGAGCAUACCUACGAAACCGCAAGAAUGUCCCUGUUCACCACGACACGCAUCGCUUCGAGACUCCCCGGUCUGCUCGCGAGGCAGCAGCAACAAGCCCUUAGGAUUGCCGCCCCAGCCACCACGGCGCAAGCCCGUCUGAACAGCUCAUGGGUGGGCACCAAGGCCGAAGACCACGCCGUCAACCGGACCAAGAAGCGCGACACGACCGAUGUCUCGACCGAUGCCUCGGCGGCCGGGCAGGAGGACCGAGAGUCGAGCUACGGGGUGCCGGACAGCUCUAAGCAGGGGGGCGCCACGGAGCGCGGGGGGCUGAAGCACGAGCGCAAGGCCAAGAAGGAACAUCCCAAGGCGCCGGAGCCGGUCAUCGGGAUGAAUGAUGAGAGAGGACAGCGAGGUCACUAAAUAUCGACGGACGAGGAUUGCUGGCUUCACGCCAGUCGUUGACACUACUUGUUUUUGCAGUUGAAACGCUCGUGUUCUCUUCGUGAUUGUAGCAUCAUCUCGGUUUAUAGUUUCAUUAUCAUGUUAACUGUACAUAGAUUG